UGAUGAAGUAAUUGACAUGUAUCUGUAAAGCGAAUAUCCGAGAAAACAAAGGAGUCGCCAUUUUUGACGCUUCUACCAGUCGCAGGCGAGUUGAAAGCCAAAAACAGCGACGACGAUUCUCAAACCCAUUUCAAACCCCCAAAAUUGGUUGUAAUCGUUUAAUAAAACCCUUUCCGAUAUCUAUAUAUUGAUCCCCAGAUGUGUUAAAGCAUAUGAUUAUAUCUGAUAAAUUCUGAAAAUUCAAUACUAGUCCGCUUUCAGUCUCUUGGAAUUUCUCUUCUAUUAGAUUUCCAGAAGAUGAAACUGAGCCUGGUUUCGAUAUUAGGGUUUGGAUUGAUUCUUUUAUUAGCUCUGAAUCAGUAUGUACAAGCAGCUCCUGCUUCUGGAUCGUCUAAGGAAGCGUAUGUAACUCUUUUAUACGGAGAUGAAUUCUUGCUUGGAGUUCGUGUUCUCGGGAAGUCAAUUCGGGAUACCAGAACCUCAAGAGACAUGGUCGUUUUGGUCUCUGAUGGCGUUUCAAACUACGCCAAGAAGCUCCUAAAGGCCGAUGGCUGGAUUGUGACGCCGAUCAGUCUAUUGCAGAACCCUAAUCAAGUGCGACCAACUCGGUUUUGGGGCGUGUACACAAAACUGAAGAUAUUCAACAUGACUGAUUAUAAGAAAGUGGUUUACCUUGAUGCUGAUACAAUCGUGGUUAAAAACAUCGAUGAUUUAUUCAAAUGUGGAAAAUUUUGUGCCAACUUAAAGCAUUCUGAGAGGCUAAACUCUGGUGUUAUGGUAGUCGAACCAUCUGCACAGCUUUUCAAUGACAUGGUGAGCAAAGUGACCACAUUGUAUUCUUAUACUGGAGGUGACCAGGGUUUUCUUAACACCUAUUAUGCUGGAUUUGCGAGUGCACGUGUCUUUGACCCUGAAAUUUCUCAAGAAGUGGUCAACUCUAAACCAGUUCCAGAGAUGGAGAGACUUUCAACUCUCUAUAAUGCAGAUGUUGGACUUUACAUGCUUGCUAACAAGUGGAUGGUAGAUGAGAAAGAACUCCGUGUUAUUCACUAUACACUCGGCCCUCUUAAACCCUGGGACUGGUGGACUUCUUGGCUUUUAAAGCCCGUGGACGUGUGGCAGGAUAUUAGAGAAGAACUAGAGGAAAGUCUUCCAGGAACUAAAGGAGGCAGAAAUCCACACGAUGAAUUUCUAGUGAAAUUCUUGUUCUUACUUCCAUUAUUCACUUUACUUUUCUGUUACUACCGAUCUUUUCUUCAGACACGUUCUAUAUGUGAUCAUGCAAGACACAUAUACUACAAAUUUAGAUCUGGUGGCUCUCUUUCAUAUUCUGCAGUAUCUUCAUCUACCAUCAAUUCAAGUCAACAGUUUUCAAAUGGUACACAUGGAAAGGUGCCAGCUUUUCUUGGUGGGGUGUCUGUUUUCUUCUGUUUCAUAGCUGCAAUGGUGGCUCUUGGAAUUGGUUUUUCAGUUAUACCUAGACAAGUAAAGCCAUGGACUGGGUUGCUGUUGAUGUAUGAGUGGACUUUCACAAUCUUUUUUCUGCUUUUUGGUGGCUAUUUACAUUUAAUUUAUAAAUGGGGGAAAAUGGUAGCAACUCAAGGAGCAUCUUCUCGACCCGAUUAUGAUUCUGAAAAGGGUCAUCAGCGACAGGUGUCGUGUGAUGUGGCGACAUGGUAUUAUGGGCUUGGAAUGGCAUUUUUAGCCAUUGCUACCCCUGCAGUUCCUGUUUUUUUGGGGAUUACAGCUUUGUUUGCAAGGUUAGGUUUAAUGGUGGCAGGAGGUCUAAUAUUUGCAUCUUUUAUGACAUAUGCGGCUGAGCACCUUGGUAUUAAGUCGUUUGUUCGAGGGCUUGAAGAUAGGGACACAUCAAGGACAAGGAACUCAUGUUUCUUAUGCUAAUUAGAUUCUGAAACAAAAUUGUAAGUUAUUGACAGUUGUUAUGAAUCUGUCAUAUGUAAUAUUGUGUCACAAACAUGUAUCAUGCUAAGUACUUGUAUUGGUUAUCAAACAAAAAUUUGAUAAUUUUAUCCGUUGGAAAUAGUUUUUAGCUUA